GUGUGGUCUCUCCUAGUGGGGCUUGACUGAGCGCGCCAGGCCAUGGCCAUGCAGAUGCCCUUGGAAGCGAAUGUGGAUACUUCAGCAGAGGAAGAGAGCUUUGGGCCUCAGCUCAUUGCUCGCCUAGAGCAAUGUGGCAUAAAUGCGAACGAUGUGAAGAAAUUGGAAGAAGCUGGAUUUCACACAGUUGAGGCUGUUGCUUAUGCACCAAAGAAGGAGCUACUAAACAUCAAAGGCAUCAGUGAAGCCAAAGCUGACAAAAUCUUGGCUGAAGCAGCUAAACUGGUUCCCAUGGGUUUCACCACAGCAACAGAAUUCCACCAGCGAAGGUCAGAGAUCAUCCAGAUCACCACUGGCUCCAAAGAACUUGAUAAACUUCUUCAAGGAGGGAUAGAAACAGGAUCCAUCACAGAGCUAUUUGGGGAGUUUCGUACUGGGAAAACACAGCUGUGUCAUACCCUAGCAGUAACCUGUCAGCUUCCCAUUGACCGGGGGGGUGGUGAAGGAAAAGCCAUGUACAUUGACACAGAGGGGACCUUCCGUCCUGAGCGCCUUCUUGCUGUGGCUGAAAGGUAUGGCUUGUCAGGCAGUGAUGUCCUGGAUAACGUGGCGUACGCUCGAGGCUUUAACACAGACCACCAGACCCAGCUGCUCUACCAGGCCUCUGCUAUGAUGGCUGAAUCACGGUACGCGCUGCUGAUAGUGGACAGUGCCACGGCCCUGUACCGCACCGACUACUCGGGCCGCGGGGAGCUCUCCGCCAGGCAGAUGCAUCUGGCCCGCUUCCUGCGGAUGCUGCUGCGCCUCGCGGAUGAGUUUGGAGUGGCCGUUGUGAUCACCAACCAAGUGGUAGCACAAGUAGAUGGAGCUGCCAUGUUUGCUGCAGAUCCCAAAAAGCCUAUUGGAGGGAAUAUCAUAGCACACGCUUCCACCACCAGGCUGUAUCUGCGGAAAGGCCGAGGUGAAACCAGGAUAUGUAAAAUCUACGACUCCCCUUGUCUUCCCGAGGCUGAAGCAAUGUUUGCUAUCAAUGCUGAUGGAGUGGGAGAUGCUAAAGACUGAAAGUCUCAUUCCCUUCCCCCCGUAACCCAUGGCCGGGUGUCUUAAAAGGCUCCUUCCUUUGUGGCACCUUACAGAUGUUUUCCCUGUUCUGCUGCUGGGUAGAGGCUGGCAGAGGGACCCGUUUUAUUUCAGCACUGAAGUCCACAGCAAAUACACUGCGAGGCCCAGCUGGAGGUGUUGCUUGGAGGAGUUC